AUGCACGCAGUUACCAGCCUCUCAAUGGUCAGUUUGCUAAGUUUUGGCUACUUAUCCAUGGACUGGAUCAAGCCGAAUCAAGUGGAGGAGCACAUUCAAAACGAUGCCUCUAUUAAGUUUGAGCCUAAGCAACCACCACACAUCAUAUUCAUACUGACGGAUGACCAAGGCUUCAAUGACAUAGGUUAUCACAACCCGGACAUUCUGACUCCAACUCUGGACAAACUGGCCGCGGAGGGGGUGAAGCUGGAGAAUUACUAUGUUCAACCUAUCUGCACUCCGUCACGCAGUCAGUUGAUCACGGGCAGGUAAGCAUAAAAGCCUAGUAUCACUUCACCAUCAGCAUCAGACGUUUUGACACUGAUAUUGUUGAACAUGUGCAUGCAAGUCGUUCUCUUGAUCACAGGUUGAACAUAACACCUAUUGUUUUAUGUUGGCAACAUUAUCUGCAAUGACAGUGUACAGCAAGGUGAGUAAUUACAAGUAUAGAGAAACUACAUAACGUUAUAAUGCAUCAUUUCAUGAUCAAGAUGCUGGGUGCAUUUGGUGAUAAAUAUGUGCAUGCAUGGUACAAUGCAUUCCUUUAUUAGCCAACUUGUGUACCCCUCAGGGCCUCAGAGUUCCUAAGACUGAACAGUGCAAUGCUGUAACUCAUAUAGAGUACUUUGAAAUGUCUCAGCACUGAAAACAACUGUUAAAUGUUUGCACUAAUGGUGUGUCCCUUGAGCAGAUGUGUAUAGUGAUCCUCCUCAUCCAGAACAAUUGCAACAUUUACUGGAAGUACUACUGCUGGCUUCGACAGUAUGUCAUAACAGAUGAGUCCGAGGAUCAUUCAUAAGGUUAUGAAUUGUCAGCAAAUGAAGGCGAGUCAGCAAAGCUAAACAAAAUUGGUUUGUUUUCCCACAGAUAUUGAACAGAGAUUGAAUACAUCUACAAUAGAGGUCAGGGAUACUGUCAUUUGCCAAAUAGUCACUUACUUUACUAUAACUUACCAGGAAAGAGCUGUAAACUGUUGGGGAAGAUAAAUGCUGUAGUAGAUACCUCUGUUUCUACUCAAGGUACAUAAGCAGAAACAUCUGCUGUUGAGAGCAAUGUGGAGAGCUGCAGGAUGAGGCCAGGAUUGUGAAACAAUGGUUGAGGGCUAAAGACUGGAUAAACACAACCAUAUGAGCACCCGAGUAGGAAAAUAAUUGAAAGGGAACAACAGGAAAUGCUCCUCAAAGUCAUGUGUCUGAAGCACACACAGGCUAUAUUCCCUCAAGUUAAAUAAAGGUUAAAUAAAAAAAUAUAAAAAGAUUCCCUCUAUCAUAGUACUCAGAGUAGGUUGUACUUGUUGAUAUGUCCUAACAUCUCUUAAAGUUCCCAACGUUGGGAGGUCGUAUCAGGACAAUGUAAAGGCGUUUGCUUGACCGACUGUUCACGAGUGGUGAUGUUGACAUACCACACAGCUGCUGCACUACAUCCUUAACAAUAGCUGUGGGGCCGUCAGAGCACUUUGUGUGUGUGUGUGUGUGUGUGUGAUGGGGUUGGUUGGUAGCCUGUCACUAGGGGAUCUCUCUCGCAAAGAAACAGUUCACCCCAGAGUCUGGAUCUCCAGAGUGUUUCUAAGAAGAAUUGAAUUAGCUGUUGUCUCCCCAGCAACUCUCAGGUAAUGAACAACCUACAGGGGAGGGUGAUGAACAGGAGCAAUAAAGUAGUUUUUUAGGCUCAGGAGUGAGGACAUGACACACUCACUAUGUGCCUGAAAGAGAUGUGGACAGAAGGCCAAGGCCUAAUAGCCAUCCACCCCAUUCAGAGACCGUCCUAUUGACUGUUAAAGCUGUGAGGAAGGGAGAGAGAGAAUAGAGCCAUGGAAUGGUUCUGUAUUGGUGUGUGUACAUCUACACUGCGUCACCGAUUACAUGAACUCCCAGUGGACUCUCUCUCACCACAUGCUCAUUCGGACUUGACGUGGGUCGUGGGAGGAAGGGGCUUGUCUGAAGGAAGUGGAGUGUGUCUGCUUACUGCAGUGUAGACCACCCAAAAUAUCAUACCACGCUAAGAACCUGGGUGGCCAGACAAUAGUUAUAUAGGGACAAGGUGCAAGUGUUUUUGUGCGGUACAAUGUAACUGAAGUACUACACAAUAAAAUAAAUAGGUAAAUGUUCAUGACUGAUGAAAACUUCAAUAUAUCUCUUCUUUUACCUAGAAUGUUUUGGUGUUUCUGUUAGUGGCCGCAGCACCUUUUCAACAUCAGCCAUCGUGGAGUUUACUAUAGUUCAAUAGGGGGAUAUACUUGUUCUUCUGAUUCCUCCAACAUUCCUUUGCUCGCUCACCCAUAUCCUUGUAAAGUAUCCCAAUAGUACCCUUCUCCUUCCCUGGUGGGUGACAAGCUGUUGCACACUCCAUAUAAGCACACUUCUGGCAGAAAACACAUGCUUAUGUUUAGAAGAGUUUCCUUAAAGACUAAUUUACUUAAUUCAUUGCCUUUUAUGUCUUGAAAGCUGCAGUCAGGCUGUAAAACAAGCUUUGCCAACCACACAGUAAUUUAAUGGUUGGUAGAGCACAGCCUACUUAUCUGUGAGGAAAGUGUAUCUUCAAUAAGAGUGUGCUCAGCAUCAUGACUAUAUUUGAAUAUCAGCUCCAGCAUUGAAUGUGUUUAUUUUACAUAAUAAAUGAAGAUUAAUAAGAUAAGCUGUUUGACAUUAUUUCUCUCUACACAGAUACCAGAUCCACACAGGCCUCCAGCAUUCCAUCAUCCGGCCUCGCCAGCCCAACUGCCUCCCCCUGGACAUGACCACGCUCCCACAGCGGCUGCAGGAAGCGGGGUACGCUACUCACAUGGUGGGCAAAUGGCACCUUGGCUUCUACAGGAAGGAGUGUCUGCCCACGCGCCGAGGCUUUCACAGCUACUUUGGCUCUCUGACGGGCAGUGUGGACUACUACACGUAUGGCUCUUGUGACGGACCAGGCCUGUGUGGCUAUGACCUCCACGAGGGGGAGACAGUGGCCUGGGGCCGGGGAGGCAAGUACUCCACCCACCUCUACACGCAGAGGGUACGCAAGAUCUUGUCCACUCACGACCCGUCCCACCAGCCCCUGUUCAUGUUCCUCUCCCUUCAGGCCGUACACACGCCCCUGCAGUCACCCAAGGCCUACAUCUACCCCUACCGCGGGAUGGGGAACGUAGCCAGAAGGAAGUACGCAGCCAUGGUUUCCAUCGUAGACGAGGCUGUACGAAAUGUCACCUAUGCUCUGCGCAAGUACGGCUACUACCGCAACAGUGUGCUCAUCUUCUCCACUGACAACGGUGCCCAGCCGUUCACUGGAGGGAGUAACUGGCCCCUACGGGGGCGUAAGGGAACCUACUGGGAGGGAGGGGUCCGUGGGGUGGGCUUCGUACACAGCCCCCUGCUGCGUCACAAGCGGAGGGUUUCCAAGGCCCUCCUGCACAUCACUGACUGGUACCCAACCCUGGUGGGUCUGGCUGGGGUUAACGUGUCACUGACUGAGGGUCUUGAUGGCUACAAUGUAUGGCCAACCAUCAGUGAGGGCAAAGAGUCCCCACGCCUGGAAAUCCUCCAUAACAUUGACCCACUCCACCGGCGCUCUGGCCUGGCGUCUGGGUCUGGCCAGGAGGCCCAGCAUGUGUGGGACACCACGGUCCAGUCUGCCAUCCGGGUGGGGGACUGGAAACUGCUAACAGGGGACCCGGGCCAUGGAGACUGGGUCCCACCACAGGUACUGGCCAACUUCCCAGGCAGCUGGUGGAACCUGGAGCGGAACAUUGAGGGAACAGGGAAGUCUGUGUGGCUCUUCAACAUCACAGGAGACCCCUAUGAACGCAGUGACAUGGCGGUGCAGAGGCCUGAUGUGGUCAAGAAGCUGCUAGCACGUCUGGCCUACUACAACCGCACUGCCGUCCCUGUCAGGUUCCCCAACGACGACCCCCGGGCCAACCCAGACCGCAACGGGGGCGCCUGGGUACCCUGGGUCGGGGGGGACGAGGACGAGCCAAAAUGGAACGGGGUCUAUAAGAAAGGGAGGAAUAAAAAGAAGAAGAAGAAAUGCAAGCUGUGCAAACUGAUAUCCUUUUUUAAGAAACUGAAUACAAGGAUAAUGUCCAAUAGAAUAUGA